AAGAAAUAGUUUUUUGUUGAAGAAAACAGAGAUUUCUCUGCUGUCUUGUUUCCAUUGUUCCAAUGAGUCCACUGACCAUUCAACUUCAUUCUUCUGUAUUCCCACUUACAAAUCCAGCAAAACCCCAAACCACCAUUUUCACUUUACCAAGCAGACCAAGAAUCUUGAUUCCUCAAGCUACAUUUUCUUCUUCAUCAAAUUCUCCUCUUUGGACCAUUUCAGAGAUAGUCAGGGCUGUUAAUGGCAGAAUCAUCAAGUGGGGUCCACCUGGAACAAUCUGUACGGACACCAGAACCCUUGAACCAGGACAAUGGUUUCUCCCUCUUGUUGGGCAAAACUUUGAUGCCCACAAUUUCAUUACCUCUAAAUUAGCCACAAAAGGGUGUGUUGGAGUGAUUGGGAACUGGGUUUGUGAGGGUUGGAACAAUGGGUUUGUACAAGUAGAGGGAGACACUAUGAGUUCUUUAAAAAGAUUGGGUUUUUAUGCAAGAAACAUGUUUACUGGUUGUUUAAUUGGUUUAACAGGAAGUGUAGGGAAGACAACUACAAAGACUAUGGUGGCAUUGGCUUUGGAGAGUGUUGGAGCUAUUUAUUAUAGUCCAGGGAACUGGAAUAACGAGAUUGGGGUUGCGUUAUCGCUUAUUGGGAUGUCGAGGGAUGUGGGGUUUGGGGUUUUGGAGAUGGGGAUGAGCAAGAAAGGAGAGAUCUUGGAGCUGUCCAGGAUGUGUAGACCAGAUGUAAGGGUGAUUCUAAAUGUGAAUGCUGCACAUUUGGAGAAUUUUGCCAACUUGGAGGAGGUUUCCGUGGCGAAAGGGGAGAUUUUAAGAGAAGCAAUGCCAGGGCAUGUGUGUGUAUUGAAUGGUGAUGAUCCCCUUGUCAUGAGCCUCCCAGUUCCAGUUGGAGUUAAGAAGGUGGUAUUUGGUCGAAAGUUGGGCUGUGAUGUUCGUUUAGUUUCUUCACAAAUUAUAGACGGAGGUCGGAGAAUACAAAUUGUUCUAGAGGGAUUCAACGAGACGGUUAAAUUCAUAAUCUCCAGUCCUGGCUUGCAUUUGGCAGUUAAUGCAUGUGCAGCUGCUGCUGUGGCUAGUGCUCUUGGCAUUCCUCUUGCUCUAGCUGGAAAUUCCUUAUCCAGAUUUAUACCUGUUCACCGAAGAUCAGAACUUGAAGUAACCGAGAAUGGGAUUACAAUAAUAAAUGAUGUUUACAAUGCAAGUCCAGCUAGUACUCAAGCUGCAAUUGACUUGUUAAGAAACAUUGACUGCAAAGGUAAACGAGUUGCUAUACUCGGAGACAUGCUUGAACUUGGUCCAACAGAAUUCAAGUUUCAUGAGUUGAUGCUACAGAGUUGCUGCGAUGCUCACUUUGACAUAGUUGCACUUGUUGGAACAAGGUUUGUAAGUGCAGCUGGGAGUAUAGACUUUGGGCCAGAGAUAAAACUGUUGUGCACUACUAAUGCUCACCAGAUGACUUCUAAAAUUAUCAAUGAUCUAAAUAGUGGUGAUGUCGUACUUGUCAAAGGCAGUCGUCAAAUAGGCAUGGAGGUAAUUGUCGAUGCAAUUAAGUCUAUCCACUUUGCUGUCCCACUUUGCCAUGCAGUAAUGAGCAAAUGUGACUAAUAGAAGAUUCUGCAAUGUGAUCGUGCUAGAAAAAAAAACCAGUAUGCUGGUUCAACUUUGUUCGAGUUCUUUUUCAAGACCUCCACAUAGCUCAGGGCCAGCAGCUGGCGAUUAUGUUGGCGUAAGGAUAGAUCAUUAGCCAUCUGCUGCUUCAAGCACCUUUUUUUGUGUUUUCUCUGAGAAGUGCUGGAAGGUCAGAGUAGCCAUACGAGUUGGCUUUCAGGUGACAAGCUCUAUGUAGUGCUUAGGCUGCCGGUAUAAGCCCUUGCAAAUAUGCUUUUUUCAGUCGAGAUGGAUGAAGUGCCUCUUUACGGUUACUUUCUGCAACGUUACUACCCAAGGGUUCAAUAAAACCAUAUUCUUACUCGAGGAACGACACUCCAGAAAUCAGUUUAUUGUUCAAGAAGUCACUUAUGGUAAUGAGGCUUCUGAAAAUAUACUCCUUGUUGUCAGAGUACUUCACUCACUUCCCUACGAGACUUGGUACAUAUUUUGAGUUGAUAACUGCAGGCUGCAAUGUUUCAAUAGGAUGUGAAUUUGCUAAACCAUAGCCAGAUCUUUGUGAUAUCAUGGGAGGUUAAUUGUUGCAGGGUGACGAGUGAAGGAUCAAAAACACGCCUAAAAUAUUUCAGUUUUUUGAGUUUCAUUUUUGAACUAUCAGGUGUGCGAGUUUCCUAAUUUAAACAAUCACC